AUGACAUCCUCCCCAGAAGAGCAAACCUGCGGGCGUCUAUUCAAAGAUAUUGCAAAGCGCAGCGAUGAAGGACGCUUUGUAGUUCAAUUGCCUUUCAAACCGGACAAACUGAUGCAACUUGGAGACUCCAAAGAGAUAGCCAUGCGACGCUUUAAACCUCUAAAAAGGCGUCAUGACAUAUGCGAGGUAACAUGUCCUUUGGAAUCUACUAACAAAACUUAUUACCUGCCACAUGCGAUGUACAAAGAAACAAGCACUACCACUAAGCUCAGGCAUGCCCUGACAGCGCACAUCAAGCAGAUGUACCGACAGAUGCUAAUCAAUUCCGAUCAAACCUCGCUUCAGCACAUUCUUUGGCGCGACUCUGUGAAUAAACCUAUUCGAACCCCCGAGCAUCUUACUGUUACAUAUGGUACGGCCUCUGCUGCAUUCUUAGCAAUCCAAUUCCUCGGAAAAUUAGCGGAGGAAAACAGCUUAAAGGUUCAUUGGUGCCAAAACAGUGCUAAUGUCUUCUAUGUCGAUGAUCUGGUGAUUGGCGCGGAUACUUUACAAAAAGCAUUAGCUAUCAAGACUGAAAUAUCCUAG